UCUUCACUCUCCGGCUUGUGGAUUCUAUAAGAUCGAAUAGCCAAUAGGAACGCUUGGUUCGGGUGCGGGGAAACCCUAUCCGAGAUGAGGAUAGAGCAACCGAAAUGCGGCUAAACGGAAAAUCAGUCUGUUUCGGGAUCUCGGGUGGAAAACUUGUGGUUAUUUUGUCGGAGCUAAAUGUUCAGUGAUUGGAGUGAUUUCACAAUUUUCGUGUAUAAAUUGUUAACGUGGUGUAUAAAUUUGUGAAUCUAAGCCCAAAAAUAGAAGCAAAGUGAAGUUCUGGUCGAAAGCAGGGCCAACAAUGUACAACAAAAUGUCUAGUUUCGAUUCCUCAGAUGGUGAAAUUUGCCAGACCGUAUGUGAGUCAGAGCAGUACUACGAACCGGCCAAUCAUUAUUACACCCAGAUGUAUCCGGCGGAUUCUCAAAAUGCAGGCGGUCACGUGUUGCCACUGGAGGAGGAAGGCUACUGGGGAUCUCCAUGCAGUUCCAACGAGUCGCAAGAAGAUCGAGGCGAAUACUCCCCUAGCCAGCAGCAUGUGCUCUCAUCGCAAACUGGCCCGGAAGGAUCAUCCCCCUUCGGCAGCGGACAGUAUCAGCUGCAUCAGCAGGUUUACUGCUCAGUCGGUUUCGAAAAAUCCAACUACGUAUGUGACGAAGGCUAUUAUGGUGCCACGCCCACCACCACAACCAACGUCAACGGAUGCACUUUAGGAUCCAUCAAUGCGUCUAACUCUCUCGUCACUGGCAGUGUUCCGGUUGUACGAGUAGUAAAAAGACGAAACACGGCUAACAAGAAAGAACGACGGCGCACUCAAAGUAUCAAUUCGGCGUACACCUCCCUACGGGAUAGGAUCCCCAACGUUCCGAACGAUACCAAGCUCUCAAAGAUAAAAACGCUACGGCUAGCCAUUUCCUAUAUUGCCCAUCUGCUAGCGGUAGUAAACGGUAGUCAAGAUCCAUCCUGCGAUUUCCGGGCAGAGCUGGUGCCGUCGUCCCGGAAAAUUAACGCUGAACGAAGAGCACAGAAGAGUAUGAUGCACAAUUUCGCGAACGAAGGAAAAAAGAUUAAAGGUAGAACCGGAUGGCCGCAGCAUGUUUGGGCGUUGGAAACCAAAACCACCAUCAAAUAAACCAUGUACCGUCUAACUUCCGUCCAGCUGGCAAACUGACGGCGAAGCAAUAAUAGCCUUCAACCAAAGAAUGACAUGUGCCAACACUUGGGCAAGGUCAUCCAUUCGUGUAAAUAAACUUAUCGCAGUGUUUUAGCGUUUUCUUCUAGUGUAUAUUAAUAAAAAAAACUUACAUCGAUCAAA